AUGGCUCCUGUUCUCGUUCGGUCGGCUCAGGAAGAUGAGCACCAAUACUGGACCGACCCCAUCCUUUGCGAGGAAACUCGAGCCAGACUGGAACAUUUCCAUCGUUCUGGAUGGCUACCGCCAAACUUCAAGCCAAGAACCUUGCUAGGUAUUGCCGUUGUCGAACGCUACUGGCGAAAGUAUUCCAUUCAGUCGAAGGCGGACUAUGUGGACUUUCUUCUUUUGGAGGAUGAAGCGAUCUUUAAGAACUUUUUCGACUGGAUAUUCAGAACAUCACGAGAGAAGAGGCUGCAGUCUUACGAUGAGUACUGGCGCCGACUUUGCCAGUAUUUCGAAUUGUUUGCUCGUCGUGUCAAUGAACAUGUCCAUACACAGAUGCGACGAUUUUUAGACGGUCCCUUCCAGGCCGAGCGCAAGAUUCCCCGACGAAGGACAAGAAUACUUUAG